AUGGCUACUCAGCAGAGGUCGGGAAAGCCAUGGAGCGGCACAAACAAAAUUCCAACCAUCAGCCAGUUCAUCGACAACCUCGACAAGGACAAAAAGGAGCGAGACAAACAGGUCACGGCUGGAGGUACGGGACAUGUCGAGGUUAAGAACCAGGAUGUGAUGCCUCACAAGAAUCAGGAGAGAAUGAAGAAUGCAAAAGAAGUCUCGGAUCCCGUCACUGGACGCCAGGUCAAGAUUUCAGAUGUGGGCGAAGAAUACAUGGACAAUGCUCUCAAUCCUAAGAUAUCGGUACCGAACCAGAACCUGGGCAAAGAUACUACCGUUGCACUAGACCCGUCAAUGAAGAACCCCGAAUACAGAGAAAAACAAGAUAUCCUGUCUCCUCCAGAUCCAGUAGCAGAAGGUGCUACAUCUGAUGUCCCAAUUCACGGCGAGAAGACGAACAUCCUCUUUCAUCCUACACCCUCCAUAAGUUAUGAGCCUAUGUUCGAUUCUCUGGAGAAACGUGCUACUGCAUUGAGCGUAGGCAUUUUACUUUCUAUCAUCGUGGUGGGUAAAAUGUUUGGUGGUGCCCUUAAAGGACUUAUUCCACUAGCCUUUUGCAUUGCUUCAGCAGUCUACCUAUGGAUGAGGGAAGUUGUGCGCAGUGGCCGAGAAAUGGAGUGGUCUAGUGAACAAGAAAGGGGCCAUACUGCCGUCGCAAACUUGCUACCAGAAUCUGUCGAAUGGAUGAAUACUUUCCUGGGCGUUGUAUGGGGCUUAAUCAACCCGGACAUGUUCUCUGCUGUUGCGGACACUCUCGAAGACGUGAUGCAGGCUUCCGUACCAGGUGUCAUCAACAAUGUUCGAGUGGCUGAAAUUGAUCAAGGCAGCAAUCCUAUCCGCAUAUUGAGUCUGCGAGCUCUUCCUGACUCGAGAAUGGGCGACAUAAAGAAGGACAUUCACGAACAAAACAAGAAGAUGAAGGAUCCACAAGAGCUGGCUGCCGACGAGGAAGGCGGCGAGUACUAUAACCUGGAAGCCUCAUUUGCAUAUCACGCAGCACCAGCUGGUGCGAAGAGCGUCUCUCAGCACGCACGAAACAUGCAUAUGAAUCUUGUGUUCUACCUCGGGAUUAAGGGUCUCGUUGGUGUGCCCCUUCCUAUCUUCGUCGAACUGCAAGAACUUGUUGGUACUGUCAGGUUGCGGCUUCAGCUGACUCCUGAGCCACCUUUCGCCAAGUCUCUCACCUUCACACUGAUGGGCGUACCUCAUGUACGUGCUGGCUGCAUACCAAUGGUCAAGAGAGGAGUCAACAUUCUGAACCUGCCACUAAUUUCCAACUUUGUCAACUACGCUGUCGCAGCCGCGUCAAGCCUGUACGUUGCACCCAAGUCGAUGACUCUAGACCUAAAGUCCAUGCUACAAGGCGAUGAUAUUACCAAGGAUACUCAAGCAAUGGGUGUGAUGUGGAUUCGAAUUCAUCGAGCUGUAGGCUUGAGCAAGCAGGACAGAAAAGGUAGCGACGGCGGCGGCAGUGAUGCAUACAUCAACCUGUCUUUCUCCAAAUAUGGCAAACCAAUGUAUUGCACUCGUGUGAUCACCGACGACCUGAAUCCGAUCUGGGAAGAGACAGCUGCCCUGUUGGUUACACCAGAACUCAUCAAGGCUGACGAACAACUGAGUGUUGAACUUUGGGAUUCUGACAGGCACACUGCUGAUGAUAUCGUUGGCAAAGUGGAGCUUUCCAUGCAGAAAAUGAUACAGCAUCCUGGCAAGAUGUACCCGCAGAUCUCCAACUUGAGCGGUAUGCAAGACGGGAGUGACAUGCCAGGCGAGCUGCACUGGGAGGUCGGUUACUUCGGCAAGCCAAAGUUCAGACCUGCCCUUCGAACUGAUGGCAAGGACAAGAGCCUACCUAAGCAACUCCAGGACAAGAACGAAUUUCAGGACGAAAAGGGAACCCUCGAUACCGAAGACGCUGAUGCUGUGGCGCACACCCCUCCUGAUCCAUUGUGGCCAUCUGGUAUCUGCAGCGUAAUCGUUCACCAGAUCGUCAAUUUAGAGCUGGAGAACAUCAAGGGCAGUGAAGGCAACCGCAAAGGCCGAGAGUUCGAGCCAGCCAAACCAUAUGGUGAGUCAACGGAGGAGGAAGGCAAGGAACUACCUUCUUCGUACUGUACGAUCCUCAUGAACGACGUACUUGUCUACCGUACUCGAUCGAAGGCUGUAUCGAGCAAGCCCAUCUUCAACGCUGGCACAGAACGGUUCGUGCGCGAUUGGCGGUCAGCCAUCGUCACAGUCACAGUCCGUGAUUCGCGAAACAGGGAACACGAUCCUAUUCUUGGUGUCGUGCCUCUUCGGCUAUCAGAGAUCCUGAAUACUAGCUCUCAAGUCACUAGGUGGUACCCACUUGAUGGCGGUAUCGGUUUUGGUCGAGUUAGAAUCUCACUAUUGUUUCGCAGUGUUGAAACUCGUCUGCCGCCGAACAUGCUUGGUUGGGAGGUUGGCACCUUUGAAUUUCUGUCUGAGAAAAUUCUUGCUACUGGCUGGAAACAUGGCCAGACGAAGAUCAAACUCCGAACUGGUGGUAGCACCGGCAAGAUACCACGGACACAGUGCAAGAAGACGGAAGAAGGUGAUGGUACGAUCUGGGACGUCAGUGCUUCGCGCAACCAUCAGGUCCGCUUGCCAGUUCAGCAUCGUUUCCGCUCCCCGAUUGUGUUUGAGUUCCACGUUCCCAACCAUCGCUCACCUCAAGCGUUCGCUACCAUCUGGCUGCAACAUUUCGUAGAUAACGAGGAGACUCCAAUCGAUAUCCCUAUUUGGACAACGAAGAAUGGCAACCGACUCGUGCAAAACUAUGUUACUGAGCGCAACAUCGAAGCCAAGAAAACUCCAGGACUUGAAGAUUUGGAAGAGAUUGGCAGGUUACAGUUCCGUGCGCGAUUCAAGGCCGGUACGGAUGAAUCGCACCGUGAUUUCAUCGUCGAUAGCAACACUCGAGAGACUUUUGAGACCUGGGAAGCCUGUCAAACCGAAGGCGUCCGAACCAGAGUGGUCGAGCCAGAAGUUCCUGCUACCACUCAAAGUCUCCACGAAAAAUCCCUACGCGAGGGUCGUGACGUGCUUCACCAAGCUGACGACAAGGAAAAGGAGAAAUGGCUCGGCAAAGAUGGCACAGAUUGGAGUGGCGCUUUCGGUGAUGAUCCACGAGCCUACACAAACAAACGACACGACAAGAUUGCGGAACCAGGAGCAGAUAACCCGCCUCAUGACCCCAUCAACCCUUCCUCUGAUGACGAUUCCGACUACAGCUCCGAUUCAAGUUCUGACCUUGGCGUAACGGACGCUCGCAAUGCUCCCGAAGGUGGGUUUAAGAAACGCACCGGUCCCCAUGCUCACGACGCCCACGCGAAUGGUCAUGCUGAUCCUCGAGCGUCGACGGAUACCGCACGUACAGCGCAGACUGAUGGAGGAUACACAACGAUGUCGACCAGUUCCUCUGUGCUGUCACCCCGUAGAAAGGACGCCGGCUAUGACGCAAAGGCCGAUAAGAGAACCGAGAAGAGGAAGCACAGAGGUAUGAUGCAGUGGAAGCCCGCCAGAAACGCCCAAUUCGCGAAGGACCAGACAAAAGCCGGUCUUAAUAAGAUUAAGAAGAGGUUCACUGGUAGUCUUGGUGGAAGAGAGCCGGGUGUUGAGACCGAGACUGGAAGCUAG